ACCAUAGCCCUGGAUGAGCUCGGACAAGUCAGUUUGCAGUUUACAAUGAACUUUAUUUCCCCUGUCUUGUUGGCAGAGAGGACCAGAGCAAGGAAUGUUGUGUAUUGAUUGUUGGGAAGGAGACACAGGCAGGGGUGGACUGAUCAUUUGGAAACUCGGGCAAUGCCCGAGGGCCCGGGGUCAGUAGGGGGCCCCAUGAGAUACCCCUGGUACCUUUUUCAUAGGCUUUUUUUUUUAGUUUGGGCAAGGACACAGGGGCCCCAUGAUCCCCUAUUGCCCGGGGGCCCCAUG